AAGCCUAUGGUAGACAGCGGAGUGUGACGCCACGGACAUGGCGCCGCGACCCGCCAGCCCUGGGACGUGUCGGGCUGUCGGGUAACUUCGGUCAGUGCCGGGCGAGAGAAGCAGCUGUUUAUCAGUAGUGUUGUACCCCCGACUCAGCGCAGCCAGCCCUUGGGUAGAGCGAUCAUCUUGGCCAUGGCUUAUCACCCGGGAUACGGAGCCCACGCUUCCAAGCACAGGACCCGGGCCGCUCCAGAUCCUCCUCCACUCUUCGAUGACACAAGUGGUGGCUAUUCCAGCCAGCCAGGCGGAUACCCAGCCCCAGGAGCUGAUGUAGCCUUCAGUGUCAACCACCUGCUUGGGGACCCAGUGGCCAAUAUGGCUAUGGCCUAUGGCAGCUCCAUAGCAUCCCAAGGGAAGGACAUGGUGCACAAAGAGCUGCACCGCUUCGUCUCUGUGAACAAACUCAAGUACUUUUUUGCUGUGGACACAGCCUAUGUAGCCAAGAAGCUAGGACUGUUGGUCUUCCCCUACACACAUCAGAACUGGAAAAUGCAAUACAGUCAUGAUGUGCCUCUGCCCCCACGGAAAGACCUCAAUGCUCCUGACCUCUAUAUCCCCACCAUGGCCUUCAUCACAUAUGUGCUGCUGGCUGGGAUGGCACUGGGCAUUCAGAAAAGGUUCUCCCCAGAGGUGCUGGGCCUGUGUGCAAGCACAGCUCUGGUAUGGGUGUUAAUGGAGGUGCUGGCCCUGCUCCUGGGCCUCUACCUGGCCACCGUGCACAGUGAGCUCAGCACCUUCCACCUCCUGGCCUACAGCGGUUACAAGUAUGUUGGGAUGAUCCUCAGUGUGCUCACAGGGCUGCUCUUCGGCAGCGAUGGCUACUACGUGGCCCUGGCCUGGACAUCAUCUGCGCUUAUGUACUUCAUUGUGCGUUCUUUGCGGACUGCAGCCUCGGGCCCUGACAGCAUGGGGGGGCCAGCCCCUCGGCAGCGUCUCCAGCUCUACCUGACCCUGGGAGCAGCUGCCUUCCAGCCCCUCAUCAUAUACUGGCUGACCUUCCACUUGGUCCGGUGAUCACCCGGUCCCAGGUGGCACUGAUUUUUCCAUACAUUGAAGAUUUGGUUUCUUUGA